CAUCCAAAGUUGUAUUUCCCCAUAUUAUACAAAAAACAUUUCAGAACGUUAUAAAUACAAUAUUGUUUAAAGGAAACAGUAUUUUGACAACAUCCCUUAAUUGUGUAUGAAGUGAUUCGCGGGCAAAAAACUCGAUACACGUGGUGGCUACACGUUUUUGUGUGUAGUAUAACGGCAACCUUGAAACGAGUAGUAAAUAUAUUGUUAUGUUUCGUCGUAGGAGCUUCACUCUGCGUUUUCACAUCUUGACAUUGCGCGAUUAGUAGCGAGUUCAUUUAGAAGCGACUAUGAAAAUUUUUCGGUGGUUAAAUCUCCUAGUUAUAUUUUAUUCUUCAAUUGAUCGGUAAUGUAAUUUAUGUCAAAAUCUCAAAAAUGUUUUUUGAUUUUAUGUGGAUAUUUUGCUGCAUUACCGCUUCCUGCUCACCCGAAGACAACAAGGCGUUGGGACUAUUUUCAUCUCAUAAAAUUGCAACUAAACAGAUUUCUCACAAGCGGAUUCAAACUCAAGUAACAAGUGUUCCAACAAAUUAUGUUAUGUCAACCACUUUUCCUGUCAUUACCGCCAAACCCAUGUUUGGGGCAUUAUAUAACAUUUAUACAACGCCAAAAAUUCAGUCAUCUUUAAAAUCCAAACUCAAUUAUAAUGUAAAAGAUACUCAUAAGAAUAAAGUCCCCACUAAAUCCAAAAUUUCGUUAAAUAAUCAGUUUGAAAAUACAAAACCUCAGGAAAAGUCACAUUACACAACGCGCUAUGAUUAUAUUGACAUUAAAGCUUUUGUGCACAAUGAAAGACUUGUAAAAGUAUUUUUCAACUGUUUUAUUGACAAAGGGCCGUGUACCAGAGAAGGCUUAGAACUCAAAAGACAUAUCCCGGAGAUCUUACAAACAGAAUGCGCUAAAUGCACAUAUCAACAAAGGAAACAAAUAGGACAAGUCAUAUCAUAUUUGAUUCAUAAUAAACCCUUUUACUUGAAAAUACUAUGGGAAAGAUUUGAUCCAGAUAGUAUUUAUCUUAAUAAAAUUCUUGUAAAUGAUGAUUUUGAAAUAAAAACAAUAUCAAAAGAUCAAUUAAAUCAACGUGUAUAAAUAAAAAUUAAAAUAUAUACAAUGGAGAAAUAAAAUAAUAAUAAAAAUAAUAACUCAUUUCAUUAAAUCUUUUAUAGUUAAAAUAUUAGUUUUAGUUUUAAUAAGAAUUCUUAUUCUUCUGUUAAUUCUAUAAUUUUUAGACGGAAUUAUACUUUUAUAAGUAAUACUCUAAUUUAUAAUUUAAAAUAAAAUUAUAAAUUAAGAUAAACGUUUAUAAUGUAAUGUACGUUACUGACAAAUUAAUCUAAUUAUUUAGAAUGAACCACGCACCGAUAAAUAUUGAACGAUUGCAGUUAUAAUUUUACUCUAAAAAUAUAGAAAAAAAAGUGAUAACAUUACUUUUAUUGUUUAUUUACAAUUUUAAAUUUCGAAGUUCAUCUAAUAAUGAGAUUAAAAUUUAACAGUUAAUAAAUUUAAAUUUUGUAGUCACAUUUGGAAUAACCUAGUCAAACUUAAAUAAUAAUAAUUU